AUCUUAAAAUAGUAUCCUAAUCAAAUAUUUAUUAUCUAAUUAUUUAUUAUUUGUGGAUGUUCCGUCUAGGAUCCUUUCCAAGUGUUUGUUGGCACAGCCCCUCAUCGACGCCCUCUGUUGGUGAAGCCAUCACUCCGCCGGCGAAUCGUUAACAAGAAAUUUUUUUUGAUCUAAUUCAGAUGCUUCACCCAAAAAUUUUGACCCCAACUCGGGGUCACCUCUGCCCCAAAAUCCCUUAUCGGAUCCCCGAAAAACUUUCGUCAUUUUGCCUCUGUGUUGUUGUUGCUGUUUUGAUAGUGCGCACCAAGUGUUUGUAGAAAUGGAUGAGGUGUACGGUGUCAUCGUUUUUCCAGCACUGGGCUCGAGGAAUUCAUCCUCAGCAGCCUCCUCUCCGUCAAUGACAUGAAGGGUUACAGAGAUUCUUGGAUUAUAGCAUCCUAGAGCCCCUUCAUCAACAUGGACGUGAUCAAUAAUGAUUAUUAUUGAGCUCUGGAAGCGAUUCCGGGGCAAUGGCAAGCCUCCAGAGUAUCUGGCUUCCAAAAAGGAAUACAAUGUCGACAUGGUUCCUAAGCUGAAAGGCGUGCUCAUGGUUGGGCUGGUCAAAGAGCAGAUGAAAAACACUCCUAAAGGCGUGAAAGUUAAUGUGACUCACUUAAAAAGUGUAUGGAAAAAAAUAUUGAGUUUCCAGACACAUCACUGCCUACAAGAGAGCUCAUUACUCAUUUUACAUCACGGUCAGGUUAUAUGGUGACAGGCUUGAGGAAUUAAGAUUUUCGUCAGAUUUAAUUCUAGAUUUUGCAUGAUACAUGAUGGUAAUUGUGUUCGAUUAGGUUGGUUCUGAUGGUGUUUUGAAGAAUGAGCUCAAACGCAUAUUCUUGGCUCUGAUAAUUGUGUUGCAUGCAGGGUCUCAAGAAAUCUGAAUUUUGGAGAGUCUAGGGUUGAUCUGAGGUCCCUGAAUUUGAGUCAAUCUCUUGCAUGAAGACUCUUUCUUCUACCAAUAAAUUUGGGAUGUUGGGAGAUGGCCUCGAACCAGUUGACCGUUAUGAAGGUGCUCAGUGAGUAACAAGGAUGGAAGGAUAAAGAUCAUUGCGUUUUAUAUGUAUAAUGUGGUAUUAGGACCUGUAUAUUGUAUUUAUUAGUUGUAAUGUUAUUCCUAUAUAUUAUACAAUUAUUUUGGUUGUCAGUAUGAAUAUUUUUGUAUUUGUGUCAUAUUUUCUUAAACAAUAUAUAUGACGUGCAAUG